AUGCCUACAGAGAAGGCGCAACCAACAGCAGAAUGCAGUAAAGUGGUCAGCAUGGCUACAACAGUUACCCCAUUGGACCUAAAGGCAACCAAUUUGUCACUCGCAUGGAAUAAUUGGAAAAAUUCCUUCAAAAUAUACAUGCGUGCAGCGGGGCUGGAGCCACAGACCGACCAGCAAAAGGUGGCACUAUUGCUGCACCACAUAGGACCGGAUUCGCUCUUGGUGUUCAACUCGUUCAACUAUGAUAUUGAUACGGUUGGCUACGAUGAACUCCUAAAAAGUUUUAACGACUACUUCGUGCCUAAAGUGAAUGUGGUUGUGGAGAGAUAUCGGUUCUUCUCCAGGAAGCAAGCUGAAGAAGAGACAAUUGAAGAAUUCGUAACUGUUUUAAAGAACCUUAGCCUAUCAUGCGAAUUCAAAACUUUACGGGAAGAUUUAAUAAGAGACAUUUUUGUGUGCGGGCUUUCGCCAAGGUUUAAAAGUGUCAAAGAACGCUUGCUCAGCGAAGUGGACUUAAAAUUAGAUAAAGCAGUGGCAAUCGCAAAAAACAUGGUCUUAGCCAAAGAAAACUCAGCCGAAUUGGGUGCAGAUAAUGAAAAGUUUAUAGCAGUUAUCAGGAACAAAAGCGGUGACCACGCAGUUACGCAACAACAACAAACAAAAGUGCAGGCCGUUACUUGUACCAAAUGUGGAACGUGGCAUAAAUACAAAUGCCCAGCAGAAGGGGUAAAGUGCCAUAAUUGCGGUAAACUCAACCACUAUGCUAAAAUGUGUUAUAUGCGAAAAAAACCUAACGGCGGUGGAAAUUCCCGUGUAUAUGUGAGAGCGGUCGAAAAAGUAGCAGGCAGAGCCGAGGACAAUUCAGGGAAGCAGAUGUGUAUGUAUGAGGCGGAUGAAGGCGAAGAAGAAAGCUCGUUAUUUGUUGGCGAAAUCAGCGAGCGGCAGGCGGAUACGUACAAAAGUAAAGAUGUAUGGUACAUAAAUAUAUACAUAAGUAAAGUAGAGUUAAGAUGUCAGGUCGAUACAGGGGCACAAGUGAAUUUGAUCUCGAAAGCAACAGCAGAUUUGUUAAAAGCGCAAAUAAAUUACAAUGUAAAGAGUUCAAUUAGAACUUUCAGUGGUGAAAAACUGGAAGUAGUUGGUACAACCAACCUUAAAUUUAAGUAUGCAAACAAGACUUUUGAGGCGAUAUUUUACAUACUAAAAAUGAGUUGCAAAAAUGUCAUAGGUUUACCUACAGCAAAAGACUUAGAGCUUAUAAAGAUGGUUAAUGAAAUAAAGAGUGAAGAUUUGUUGGAAAAGUACGCUGAAAUGUUUAGUGGAUUGGGUGUAUUAAAAAGAAAGUGUGGUUUACAACUGAAAGAAGGUAGUAUCCCAACCGUUGACGCAUCGCGUAGAAUUCCAUUUAGUUUGUAUGAACCUUUAAAACGAGAACUGAAACGAAUGAUGGACAUUAACGUUAUAGAGCCGGUAGAAGGCACAACAGAAUGGGUUAGCUCUAUUGUGAUUGUGACCAAACCAAAUGGCAAUUUACGUAUAUGUCUAGAUCCUAAAAAUUUAAAUAAAGCAAUAGUAAUACCGCGUUUUUCGUUGCCUACGGUGGAGGAAUGCAAGUCUAAAAUGUUUGGGUCUCGAAUAUUUAGCACAUUAGAUGCCAGUUCGGGCUUUUGGAUGAUCCCAUUAAAUGAGGAGUCUUCGAAGUUAUGUACGUUUAUAACUCCGUUCGGUCGUUACAAGUUUUUACGUCUGCCUUUUGGCAUAAAUGCUGCACCUGAAAUAUUUCAUGCAGAAAUGGUUCACAGUAAGUCCGAGUUACAUGAACUUAGUACUAUGCUAGUAUGCGUUAACGAACAUGUAUACAAGAAUUGA